AUGGGAGGCCCGCCGAAUUCGCAAGCAGCACCUCUGCCCAGCAAUCUCCCCUUUCGCCUGGUCUCAAAGACAAUUGGAUCAGGCGCGUAUGCUUCAAUACGAAAAGCAAUACCUCUAAAGUCGUCCACUCCAGUCAUCGCGGUCAAAUUCAUCAACAAAGAGCACGCAUUCAAGCAGGGAAAACUACGGCCCAAGCAAUUGCAGAUCGAACUUGCAUUACACUCUUCAGUAUGUCCCCAUCAAAACAUCAUCAAAUACAUCAAGCACGGAGACGAUGAAAGAUGGGUGUGGAUGGCUCUCGAGCUGGCUGAAGGCGGUGAUCUAUUCGACAAGAUCGAGGCCGACGAGGGCGUGGGCGAGGAUGUGGCACACUUCUACUUUACACAGCUUGUCAGCGCUAUCAGCUGGUGUCAUGGCAAGGGAGUGGCCCAUCGUGACAUCAAGCCAGAGAACAUGCUGCUCAGCGGAGAAGGCGACCUGAAGUUGGCGGACUUCGGACUGGCGACCAAGUUUUUGAAUGAGAAGACGAACGAGAGGAAAACCUGCGCUAUGGUCUGUGGGAGUCCGCCGUACAUUGCGCCAGAGAUCUUGGCUGUCGGCCAUCGAAAUCAGAAGCGCAAGGAAGGGCAGGACAAGAUAGGGUACAAUCCACAAGUCGCCGAUGUGUGGUCAUGCGCCAUUGUGCUCUUCGUCCUGCUGGUCGGAAACACGCCGUGGGACUCGCCGGUCAUGGAGGAGAGCUACGAAUACCACGAUUAUGUCUCGAGUAAAGGCAAGCCGAGCGAUGAGCUGUGGAGUAGGAUACCAUCAGAAUCGCUGAGCCUGGUGCGAGGCAUGCUGAACAUCGAGUCAAGCGAGCGCAUGACGCUGGACAAUGUACGAAAGCAUCCAUGGUACACGCGAGAGAAUCCUCACAUCAACAUAAAGAACGGCAAAGCGAAGAACCCCAUGGCACUGGCCACACAGAUGCUGGAGUCCCUCCGCAUAGACUUCAACGCACCAGUGCAAUCGUCGCAACGGCAUCGUGGACCCGCGCAUUCACAAGACGACCGCAUGGACAUCGACAGUAAUAAAUUGCAACCAGACUUUUCACACUUGGCAUCUACGCAGCCGGAAACUCCAGUCACAGAGGCGACUUUCGACUGGGAGGCACCGCCACGUUUAGGAGCCGGUAUCAGCGCUUCACAACCUCAGGCUGGACACGAACGAGCCCAUGCGGUAAUGACCCAUCCCACCAGACAAGACCUCCUCGACCUCUUCAACGAAGACCCGUCCAUGUCGCAGUUCUGCCCGACACCUUCAGUACCUCUCACCCUAACCCAAGCGGCAAGAAACUUCAAAGACAUCAUGCCCUCACACUCCCUCGCGCGCUUCAUCUCAGCGCUGUCGUUUGCACAGCUGCUCCCGAUGCUGAUGUCCGCCCUACAUCGAAUGAACAUCCCCGUAGCUGCACCCUCACAGGCUGCGCUCGAGGGCAAAGAGGAUGCAGUCUCACUGCGUGUCAAGACACUGGAUGCACGACAGCAGCAACUUCACGGCAUGCUGAUUGUGGAGCGUAUCAGCAUCCCCGGACAGAGUGGCCUGGAUGUGUUGGAAGUGCGCUUUGUCAAGGCAAAGGGCGAUCCUCUCGGAUGGAGGAGAUUGUUCAAGCAGAUUGUGGUGUUGUGUAAGGACGGAAUUGUGGUACCGAAUAAUUAA